UUUAAAUGAGCAAAGUUCAAGAUCCACUUGAGAUAAUUGAAGUUAAUUGACUUCAGUUGAACUAAAAAUGCGUUGUUUCAAGUCGUUGAUCACGAUUUUGAUUCUGUGUGAAUUUUCACCCGUAUGGGGGAGCGAACAGGUCAAAGUGUCGCUCUAUUACGAAUCAUUGUGUCCUUAUUGUCGCCAAUUUGUAACACAGCAACUCUACCCCGGCUUUAAAACGCUCCCAAAUUCUUUGAUCAUCGAUUUGAUUCCGUAUGGCAAAGCCAAUCAAACGAAAAUCAACGGAAAUUGGGCAUUUACGUGCCAACACGGCCCCAGUGAAUGUCAAGGUAACAAAAUUCAAGCUUGUGUUUUAACAAAACCUUUCGAAACGGACGCAAAAAUCAAUUUUGUGUUUUGUAUGAUGAAUUCAAGCGAUCCGGGGGCGAUUUCUAACGCUAGAACGUGUGCCUUCACUUGUAAAAUUUCAUGGAAUGAUAUGAAAGAUUGUGUGGAGGGGUCCCAAGGUGAUGAUUUUUUGGCCCACUUUGGGGACGUUACGCAUAAUUUGGACCCGAAAUUAACCUACGUCCCUCAUAUACUUUUCAAUGGUAUGUUUAACGAAACGCUGGAAAACGACGCUCGUGAAAAUUUUCUUAAAACAGUUUGUGCUUUGUUUAAUACAAAACCAGAUGCUUGUAAAUGAUUGCAAAUAAAUGCUUUUAUCGCCUGA